AUGAAGCUCGUGGGAAAAAGCCUCGCCCGCGACGGGCCCGGCUACGUCAAGCUAUUGCCGGAGGUGGAUGACGACCUGUGGGACGCGUACAACCUCAUCGCCGCCGGCGACGCCGUCGAGUCCGUCACUGUCCGGAAGAUCACGAGGUCCGUAGGCCGCGACGCGGAGCGGGUGAAGCUGACGCUGGAGGUGGUGGUGGAGUCGACGGACUACGACAAGGACGGCUCCGUCCUGCGCGUCCGCGGCAAGAACCUCACCAAGAACGAGCACGUCCAGAUCGGCCAGUACCACACCCUGGAGAUCGAGCUGCGGAGGCCCUUCGUGCUCCGCAAGGAGGCCUGGGACUGGCCGGCGCUCGACACCAUCCGCAGGUCGUGCGACGAGGGCGCCGCCAACGCCGACCUCGCCGUGCUCCUCAUGCAGGAGGGGCUCGCCCACCUGUUCCUCGUCGGGCGGAGCGUCACGGCCACCAGGGCGCGCGUCGAGGUGCCCAUCCCCAGGAAGCAUGGGCACGGCUCCGGCGCCUACGACGCCGCCCUCAGGGACUUCUUCCAGCGCGUCCUGGCCGCCUUCGUGCACCACGUCGACUUCGGCCUCGUCCAGUGCGUGGUGAUCGCCAGCCCGGGCUUCACCAAGGAGCAGUUCCGCGACCACAUGCUCCUGGAGGCCGCGCGGCGAGGGGAGCUGCGCGCCAUCACGGACCACAAGGCGCGCAUCGCGCUCGCGCCCGCCACCUCGGGCUACCCGCACAGCCUCAAGGACGUCCUCGCCGCCCCGGGCGUCAUGUCGCUGGUGAAGGACACGAGGGCGGCGCAGGAGGUGCCGGCGCUGCAGGAGUUCUUCGCCAUGAUCGCCAAGGACUCGGCGCGGGCCUGCUACGGGCCCAAGCACGUCGAGGUCGCGCACGAACGCCUCGCCAUCCAGACCCUCCUGCUCACGGACACCUGGUUCCGGAACCCCGACGUUGCUGCUAGGCGCAAGUGCGUCGAUCUGGCCGAAUCGGUGGCCAAGGUCGGUGGCAAGGUGCGCGUCUUCUCGUCCAUGCAUGUCUCCGGCAACCAGCUCGACCAGCUCACGGGGAUAGCCGCGGUUCUUCGUUUUCCCAUGCCUGAUUUGGACGACAUCGAGAUGUGA